AUGGGGAAAAAUAAGACAAUGGUUACAGAGUUCAUCCUACUGGGAUUUUGUCUGGGCCCAAGGAUUCAGAUGCUUCUCUUUGGGCUCUUCUCCCUGUUCUACGCCUUCACUCUGCUGGGGAACGGGGUCAUCCUGGGGCUCAUCUCACUGGACUCCAGGCUGCACACCCCCAUGUACUUCUUCCUCUCAUACCUGGCCAACGUCGACAUAGCCUAUGCCUGCAACACAGUGCCCCAGAUGCUGGUGAACCUCCUGAAUCCAGGCAAGCCCAUCUCCUUUGCUGGCUGCAUGACACAGACCUUUCUCUUUUUGACGUUUGCUGUCACUGAAUGUUUUCUCUUGGCGAUGAUGUCCUAUGAUCGGUAUGUGGCCAUCAGCCACCCCCUCCGAUAUUCUAUCAUCGUGAGCUGGAGAGUCUGCAUCACCCUUGUGUUGACUUCCUGGGCAUGUGGCUCCCUCAUGGCCAUGAUCCAUGUGAGCCUCAUGCUGAGGCUGCCCUUCUGUGGGCCUCGUGAAAUCAACCACUUUUUCUGUGAAAUCUUGUCUGUCCUCAAGUUGGCCUGUGCUGACACUAGGUUCAACUUAGUUGUCAUUUUUGUUGCUUCUGUGUUUGUCUUAGUCGGGCCCCUCUGCUCAGUGCUGGUGUCCUACACGCGCAUCCUGUUUGCCAUCCUCAGGAUCAAGUCUGGGGAGGGCCGCAGAAAGGCCUUCUCCACCUGCUCCUCCCACCUCUGUGUGGUCGGGCUCUUCUUUGGCAGCGCCAUCGUCACGUACAUGGCCCCCAAAUCCCGCCAUCCUGAGGAGCAGCAGAAGAUCCUUUUCCUGUUUUACAGUUUCUUCAACCCUAUGCUGAACCCACUGAUCUACAGCCUGAGGAACGCAGAGGUCAAGGGUGCCCUGAGGAGAGCACUGUGCAAGGAAAGUCAUUCCCAAUUGGAAUGA